AUGGGUGUUCUUCAAGGUGGAAUGAAGUGUGUGAAGUACUGCACAUUCUUCUUCAAUUUCACAGUAUUUGUAUUUGGUCUAUUUUUGGCCGGUUUCGGUGGCUAUUUGCUAUAUCAGCUAAGUGUCUACAGUAAUCAAUUUGGAGACGUGGUUAGGGUUUUCUCCAUCGCCAUUAUUGUGCUCGGAUUUAUCAUAUUUGUCGUUGGUUUUCUUGGAUGCUGCGGAGCGUGCUACGAGAGCCCGUGCAUGCUUAUUACGUUUGCCGUCAUUGUGGCGAUUCUCCUAUGCCUCCAGAUUGCCGUAGCGGUGUUUGCGUUUAUGUACAAGGAUGAGUUGAUGGACUUCCUUUCGAAGCGUUUUGAGGAGGUUUUCAACAAUCCUGACUAUACGUUCAGACGGCAGAUUGAGCAAGAACUCCAAUGCUGCGGUUUCAAGGUCCCUGAUCCUAACUGCGGUUUGCACAUACUUAGAAAGUCCUGUUGGAGCGUAAUCACGAGCAAAGUUGAGUCCUCCAUGUAUAUCAUAAUUGCCACGGCAGGAGUCUUGUGUCUCAUUCAGAUCGCUGCCAUCAUCGCUGCUUGCUGUUUGCAAUCCAAAAUUCGAAGUUAUGCGGUCUAUUAA